CAAAGCACACACCUAAGAGCGGCGAGCUCCAUCAGUAUGUUUCGCGCUUCGGCCUGACUCGCGUGUGUAUCUCGCUGUGCUAGAAGAGGUGGUUAACAGUGAAAAAGAAGAAUGAAAAUUAGGUGAAUAGAAAAUUAUAAGUGUCUUCAAUAAAUCGCAAGGAAAAGGCAAUUGAGUGAUAUUUCAAUUGGAAAUAGUGUGAAAAAUAAAGUUGAUUGGCUCGAUAGCACAAUUGAAAGUGUGUUAAACAGAAGGAUUAGAGUAGGUGACCUGCCUUGAACUGAGAUCGUUCGAACACCUUCAACCAUCUCGACAAAUCAUCGGACACCGUACUCUCGUCGUCGAGUUACGUAACUUCAACAAACCCAGCCUGAAAGCAUUCCAAUGAGAGCACCAUGGAAUUGCAGGCGGUAGUUUUUAUUUUAGCACACUUUCUGACAAUAGCUACUUUCACGCGAUGUGCUCAGAUUCCUUCCAUUAAACGAUCUGCCACGAUAUUCACCAAAGAACCCACAGUGCGGAUACAAUGUCUAUCGGGUUCGAUGCUGAUCACGAUCAAGGAUGCACCCGCUAACCUGAACGGUCAGUUCAGUGGGAUGGUGUAUCCGAAGGGGUUGGCGAAAAACUCAACCUGCCUCACCGAGUACCGGGAUCAGGAGGGACCGCUGCGCUACAAACUGCCCCUCAAGAGUUGCAACACGAUGCCCAUCGAAACGGAUGACGGAGGAAUUGAGUUCUUCAACACGAUUGUCCUACAGCCACAUCUGAAGCUGGUUACGGAUUUGGGCCGUGGAUACCACGUUCGAUGCCGCUAUAAGAGCCGCGAGGCAGCGAUGAAACCUGUGAAAUCACGGGACGAUAAUCGACCACUGGCGCUCACGAGUGCCGAGGGAACCGAUCGACGAGAUUACGGCAGAUCCAUGGAUAAAGAUCAUCCAGUGCAGGAGGAAGAGGUUAAACCCAUGCCUGCUUGUCAUAUGAAAAUCUUUACCGGAGAAAAGUUGGCGGAAAACGUUAAGAUUGGAGAUCCACUCACUUUGGUCAUCAACAUCGAUAAACAGGACACUUACGGUCUACACGUAACCGACUGUUUGGUUCGCGAUGGUCUUGGCUGGGGAGAGCAAAGACUGAUUAGCGACGAUGGCUGCCCAUUGGACAGCGAAAUCUUGGGACCGUUUGAGUACACCGAGGAGCAGACCAAGGCAACGGUGACAUUCCCGGCGCAUAAGUUCCCAUACACCAAUUCCGUGUACUACCAGUGUAAUGUGAAACUUUGCGCCCUGGACGAUCCUGACUGUCAUAAGACUCCCACGUGUACCGGCAGAAGCAUCAAACGAUCAAAGCGGCAAACGGAUGACGAAGGUCUCCCGGCGACUAUUGAAGUAUUCUCUGGUUUGUACGUCAAUGAGAACGCUGAAGUUCUGAACGAUGAUGCCGAUUCAGUGUUCAAAGAGAAGACGCCGGAUGACGCCAUUUGUGUAUCCCAGAGAAGUUUUGCCGUUGCCAUUGCCAUUGCUGGCCUCUGUCUGAUGCUGGCCGUCGUUCUCGCCGUGAUGUGUAUCGUAGCCCGGCGCAGUGGCAAGACCAUCUCCAACUCGGGAAGCUCGAUCUACAGCGGUCCUUACACCAACACUGCCUUCUCGCAUAGCAGCUAAAACGGAAACUACAAAACGAUUGAAACAAUAGCCGGUAUGCGUGUGUGCGUGAGAACAAAACCAAGUGUGAUAGGAUAUUUUAUUAGACGUGGAACUUCGAGUACUAGGACGUGUGACUACUGUGAUUCUUCCCUUUUUUAAAAACAACUAACGAAACAACGAUUCACUUUUAGUAACACAAAGCAAAUCGUGAAAAAAUCGUGCACAAAUUUCAUAGCGUAACCGUGCCAACUAGUGAAAAUAGGUACUUUUAAAACUAGGAAACCUCACUUUAUUGGUAAAAGAAAACUGCAAGACAUCUUCGAGAGUAUUAUAUCCCAAGGUUGGAGUGAAACUUUAACAAGUUAUCUAUAAACUUUGCUACUCAAAUAAACUUUUAAAUAUUUCUGGACAACACAUUAUUUAAAAAGUUCCUUACCAUCAGGUUGUCCACAAAUAUUGCAGAGGCCAAUCAACAAGGCUCCACUGUGACAUGAAUUGAAGAAAUCUAAAAUAUUUUGUAUUUCUUCAUUCCAUGUACAAUCUUUGGUGUCAGACCUCUGUUUGUUAAUGUUUAACUACUUUCAAUCUUAUUAUUAGAAAAAAAUCUCCGUCCAAUUGUUAUACAUUUGCACAAGAACUGUCCAAGCUAAGUCAGGUGAUGGGUGUUUCUUCUUCGGUCCUUACUGAACUAUCCACCUCUUCCUCUAAUAUAAGUUGAUUUGAAUGAAUUGUAGUUUUAAUUUUUAAUCUCUAAAUAAGCAACGAACAAUACACAAAGAACGAAUCGUUUGUACGCCAAGAACUUUGAUACGACCAAAUAUUUUCAACGAAAUAUAGAUAAAAUGAGGACUACAAUCAAUGGAUGCAUAGUUCUAGAGGAGCAUAAGAUAAUAUUUUUUUGUAUCUCAGUUUGACGUAAAAAACAUAAGUUACACUAAAAUUUAAAAUCAAUCAAGUGAAACAUAACAACGAUGAAAACAUCGUACUGAUACCCGCACAAUUCAACUUAAUAGAAAGAAAAUUGAAAAUUUGUAACUGUAAACAAAAGCAAACGAAUUUAAUAAAAUCAAUUCGGUUAAAAA